AGGAAUUAUAAACGUUGGUGUUUAUACUACUAUGUUACUUUCUUAAACAUUUUCUCGAGCGAAUGGAACCGAUGUGUAUUUUAUGUCGUAACUAGAACGCACAAGUAAAAAAAAAAACAUGCGUAUCACGGCGAUUGUACCAAAUGCACACUUCCGGAAUCACGGUUCUUUUCCGCAGCGAAGAGUUUAUCUGGCUAUAGUUAGCACUUUAGCAUGCUAAGCCAGCAGUUUCCUUCUCCAUCAGUGCACUAUUGAGUUUGUCUGCCUGCAGACAGAAUAACCUUUGAAUAGCGCACUGCGUGCUCAUAGAAAGACGUAAAUGUGUAAACGGCUGACUAAGACAUGAUAUAAUAUGAGGUUAAAUAGUUAUUUUAGAGAAUUCAUGUAGCAUAGCUCAACCACUUGCAGGCAUCUGACGUGUAGCCCGUUAGCGUUAGCCGCUGGCUUCAGUCUAAAGCUUUAACUAAACUGUAUGUUGCUUUUAUAUAAGAUUAAAAAUAUCACUCUCUUCCCUCCAACCACGAAUUUUGCUGUAAAUACACAAACGUUGGUUACCAGCGGCUGUGCUCAGAUUUUCAGCCUGAUUAACUUGUUAUGACAACAAGAGGCAAAACCGUUAAAAUAUGAUGGCAAAAACGUAACGUUACUGUGGUUUAAUAUUCCUAGACUUGCUGUGAUUUUUGAUCCAGGUCAUAUAAAUGUGAAUAAGCGGUUCAUUUAGCUAGAUUUGACUGGCAAUUAGCGAGCAAGUGUUUGUUUGGGUUAGGAUCGGGGUCAAUGGGGUCAAUGCUGGUGUUUACCAUAGAUGUAUCUCUCUCAGUCCUUGUUCUGACGAAGCCCAGCACUUCAGGACCAGGAUUGAGAACAUCUUAUGGUGUGCUAUUAGUGGAUUGAGUAUUAAAGCCUGUCCCGCUGAAUCACUCCUCUCCAGGGUUUAGAUUACAACAGAUCAAAAGGACAGUAUGGCCACCACUGUCGCAGUCAGCCCCAGUGAAUAUCUCCAGCCCUCCACCAACACCUCUCAAGAUUCCCAGCCCUCCCCGCUGGCACUUCUGGCGGCUACCUGCAGUAAGAUCGGGCCUCCGGCCGCCCAGGCCCCAGUCAGCACGCCACCAUCUCAGCCAACCACGCGCCGUCUGCACCCCAUCAAGCCCGCUCCUAUUGCCCCGGCUCCACCCAAAAACCUUGGAUUCCUCUCAGCAAAGGGAAAUGUUAUCCAGCUGCCCGCUGGACUUGGUUCGUCAGGGGCCAGCCCUUUUGUCUUCACUAUUCAGAGCCCUACACGUCCAGCAGGCACAUCCACUGCCAACAUCCAGUACCAAGUGAUUCCUCAGUUCCAGGGGUCUCAGACCAUUCAAAUGAUGCCUCAGGGAGGACAGAUCCAGAUCAUCCCCGGAACCAACCAGGCCAUCAUCACCUCACCCGUCACAGUUCAGACCGCCACACCAGCCCCGCCACCUCUGGCCCCGGCCCCCCAGCAGAAGACGCUGGCGAUCAAGCCGUCUUCUCAGAAGCGGCGGCAGAAUAAUGCCAGCAUAAAUGCUAACUUUGUACGGCUCCCUAGUGGACUCACACUCCCACUCAAUGUUAGUACGAGUGAGAUUAUUACAGAGACUGCUGCCGCUCCAGUGAAGGGAAAGAGGGGGAGGAAGAGACAGGUGGCUAUAGCUCCGCCCACUCCAAACCCUCAACCGAACUCACCGCCACCUGUAGCUGAACAAGUCGAAACCUUGCUAAUAGAGACCACAUCCGACAACAUCAUUCAGGCAGGAAAUAACUUCCUGAUCGUGCAGAGUCCAGGGGGGGGUCAGCCUGCUGUGGUGCAGCAGGUGCAGUUGCUUCAGCAGAAAUCAGAUCAGCAGGUCGUUCAGAUCCCCCCGCAGGCUCUAAAAGUUGUACAGGCCGCCUCUGCCACACUUCCCCCUGUACCACAGAGACAGACAGUCACGCCCAGUGUGCAGGUGCCCUCCCCAGAACACACACAGUUGCUGUUUAAAACGGCCUCAGGUGAAUGGCAGGCUGUACAGAUACAGGAGACAACAGUUAGCACACCAACAACACCCACCAGCACGCCCACCCCUGCCAUGGUCACUAAAAAGGCUCAAACAGGGACAAGGAAAGAAAGGACUCUCCCUAAGAUCGCCCCGGCUGGAGGGGGGCUGAUAACACUGAACGCAGCCCAGCUGACAUCUGCUGCUCAGGCAGUUCAGACCAUCAAUAUUAAUGGUGUCCAGGUGCAGGGUGUUCCUGUGACAAUCACCAACGCUGGGGGCCAGCAGCAUCUCACGGUGCAGACGGUUCCAGGUGCGGGUCUGCAGCUGGGCGGUGUGCAGACACAGACGCAGACCAUGCAGGUGGAACAGACGCAGACACUCGCACUGGAACUGCAGAGUCAGCCAGGAGAGAAAAAGCGGCGCAUGGCCUGCACCUGUCCAAACUGCAAAGACGCAGAAAAGAGGCCAGGAGAGGUGGGGAAGAGAAAACACAUCUGCCACAUAGCAGGCUGUGAAAAGACCUUUCGAAAGACUUCGCUGCUGCGGGCGCAUGUCCGACUGCACACGGGAGAGAGACCCUUUGUGUGCAGCUGGGUCUUCUGCGGGAAACGAUUCACACGCAGUGACGAGCUGCAACGACACGCCAGGACACACACGGGAGACAAACGCUUUGAGUGCAACAAGUGUCAGAAACGUUUCAUGCGGAGUGACCACCUCACAAAGCAUUACAAAACACACAUCAACACAAAGAGCCUGUGAACGUCGCCUUUCACAGGCUUUCGAGAACUUGAUGGGGAUCAGAAAGAAAAACGCUGUUCCCAGGGCUUGUGAGAUGGGAGCAUUCCCUGGAAGAUCACCUGAUUUCACCAGCCGUUUCAGGGUAAACUACACUUCUUUUUACUCCCCCUCAUCAACAGAGGAACGCUGGCUGGCCGUAAAGUGUGGCCCUCAACUGGGAUUCAUGAAGAACAUGGAUGCCAGUUGUGUUUUGGCUAAUUCCUCUGUAAUACAGAGCAGAAAAGACCUCUGUCUUGGCACCAACAGACACUCGAAACCGCUACUUUUCCCCCUGCACUUAAACUUUUUCACAUGUUUUUGGUUGUUUUAGCUAAACCAAGCCCCUCACAUGAAGUGUAGCAGCUAAUGGACAGUGUUUCCUGGCUUUUAUUGUGUAAAUGUUUGUUUUCAUGCGUACAAACAUACAUUUGUACAUACUAUGGCAAAUUUGAAUACAAAAGUGACGCUUCGGACAAACUCUUUGACCCAGUUCAAUUAUAAUCAGUUGAUAAAUGUUGUUUUUUUUUUAAGUCUGCUUUGGAAUUUUAAACAGAAGCUUGAAACUUUGUAUAACUUUAGUUGGUUGUUUUUAAUAUUAGUGGUUUGGAAAUGAAAUAUUUGGCUUUUACAUACUUGGCCAUGUUAGACUAUCAUGUUUUAUAUAGAGGAGAUAAACAGGAGGGUAAAUAUCUUGGGACUUGCUACCGAAAAAAAGCUGAAAUGGCAUUGGAUGUAUGCAGGUUGUGUCUUUAUUAAAACACUGCAAAUGUGUCCGUAAAAAAAAAAUCGGUAAAGAAAACCUUGUGUGUAAAUGUUCUUGUGUAAAGCAGGAUGAAGUGUCUCACAAAACAGGACGCAGUGUAAUGAAAAUGUGAUUGAAUGCUUUAUUUCAUUGAAGGUACUUGUAAGUCCAUACCGAUGGAUUUAAUGGUUCGCUAAAUUCAGUCAUUCCUUUCAAGUUCAUCCAAGUUUUUGUCCAAGCUCUCUAAAAGAGGCCUUAAGAAGAAAAAGAAAUCUGUGCUCAUGUAUGUUUGUAUAGUGUCUGAGUUGUAUUUGGGUGUAAAAUGUAGGAUAAUUGUUACACAAACGUGUAUUGGCUAUUGCUGCCAAACAUGAGAGAUAUGGACUGUGUACAGUGUAAAUGAGAAGGAAAACACAAUGUUGUAUAGUUUCAUUCCUAAUAGAUUACCCUUUUUAUUGACUAAAAGUUGCCUUAGUCUGCAGCACCCCAUAUUUAAAGAGAUUUGUCUUUUUCCAGGGAACUGCAUUUGUAGACCUGCUUUAAUUAUUAAUAUUAUUUUUUUUUUGUUUCCUUUUAUUCAUUUUUGUCUAACUUAUAAAGUGUGAAGAAAUGCCAAUUUAUGUGCACUGACCAAAUUCAGGGUUUUCACUGAGUGGGUAAUACAAUUUUUUUGGUUCAUGUACCUACAUCUGAUUUGACAGAAUAAAAAGUUCUUUAUCUAUCCUUGAUAAACCCCACAUUUAAAGAGCCCUGGUUUUGAAAAUCGGUAGGUAACCCUGUGUUUGUAUAACUUGUAUUGAGGAGCUUAGACCAGAGAACUUGCUAUCUUUUUCUACAGUCAGACCACCGCUCCCACUCACCCAAUAAAGCAUAACACAAAACACAA